AUCGAAAUUUCGCCACCUCUAGGACAACAACAUUCGUGGGCUGCAGUUCUAAAUUUAAAGCGUAGUUUGUCUGUCGAUCUCGAAAAAUGCGCGGAUGCAUCGACUGCAGUAAUUAAACAAUUCGCCAGCGAGCCACAACUAGUGAAAUUGCAAUAGCCCCGGGGGGACUGAAAACAAACAAAGAGCCAAAGCGAGCGAGCAAACAUUUUCACGACCACGUAACGUAACACAUGUGCGUGCGUGUAUGCGUGGGUGCGAGCGAGAGGGAGCGUGUGUCAAAAUGACAGCAGUGGCAAACACAAAAACAACAACAAUAGCACCAGCAGCAGAAAGCAAAUCAACAACCACAGCAGCAGCAACACCAACAACCACAGCAACAACAACAACAACAGCAGCAGCAUAGUCAGCCAGCUGUGCGAGGUCGUUUCACCCCCUCCCCCCAGAAAAUAGAAAAACAAUAUUUGACACAAAAUCUUCUCUGCCCUCCAACAAACAGGAUCAAUUCAAGCCAAAAUUGUUUGUUACGCUAUCAGCCAUCACUCUCCGGACAGAGCAAGCGUGUUAUGAACAUACUAAAACCAGCCAAGCUCAAGUGCAUCGUGUUCAACCAACUGCGUCACACUUGGACGUUUCUAUUGUUUCUCUGCGAUUUGCUGGCCCAGAUCUACGGCACGGCCCGGCCCACGGACCACCAGGAGCAGCUGGCCAACCAGAAUAACAACAAUAAUAACAAUAACAACGACGAUCUGAUCAUGGAGCAGGACAUGCCGGAGGAGGAAGUGGCUCGGCCGGAGCAGGGAGUAGUAGAGCAGCUGGAAGACGGAGAGUUGGUUCAUCCGCUGCUGGACCAGCCGCCCGAUAUAAUAGCCCUGUUCCAGGACAAUCAGGGGGCCGGGGAGCCCAUGGACGCGGCCAGCGAUUUGGACGAGGAGGAGGAAGCGGACGACGACGACGUGGACGUGGACUAUGACGACACCGAUUCGGAGUCGGAGUUCGAGGAAAUGUUCUCCGAUGAGUCGACCAGCUCCAGCGAUGAACUGGACGAGAACAGGACCGUGUUGAAUGUCUCCCUGUCGCCGGAGGCCGAUGGCAAGCCCGCUUUGUACUCCUUCCAGCCGCUGCGUUUGGUCAAGUGCCCGUACAAGGACAAGCACAAAGCCGGGGAGUUCCCGCUGGCGCGCAGUGGCCACCGAAUCAUCGCCUCCAAUUCGCACCUGUACUCCCUGGGCGGCUACAAUCCGCGCAGCGCCCUGGCCGCCUCGCGGCACGGUCGCUGCCUGCUCUUCCAGGAGCUGUGGAGCUACAACUUCGCCACCAGGACCUGGAAGCUGGAGCUGAAUGCGGACAAUGCCAGCAACAUGCCCGUGGAGCUGGCCUCCAAUGCGUUGACCAUUCACAAUAACGUGUUGAUUUCCCAUGGAGGCACCGGCUUUCCCUUUGGAGAAUCCUGCUCCAACGACUGCUACGUUUAUUGCACGCCCAGCGCAGGCGCUACCACGGGUGUGCAGCGCCUGAAGGUGACGGGCGAUCUGCCCACGGCUCAGUACGGACCGGGCAUCGUGAUCCACAAGCACUUCCUGUACACGAUCGGCGGAACGACGGGCUUUGACUACACAUGUGAUGUGUAUCGCUUGGAUUUGCACACCGGCGUGUGGGAGAAUGUGUACAUCAGUCGCCCGGAGAUGCGCGACGAUCCGGAGGGUCGCUAUCGCCACGAGGUCGUCUACGACGGCAAGCACAUCUUUGUGCUGGGCGGCGGAACUUCUCACUCGGUCUACGAUCUGCAGCGCAUUCCAGCCUACAACCUGGAGGCAAAUUGCUGGGAUUAUUUCGACACGUAUCCCGACCGGCGUGCCGCUGACAUAGAAUUCCGCAACGUGGGCUAUCCCAAGCCGCGCAAGUGCUUCUCCUGUGUGCAACACCAGUCCGCCAACGGGGACAUCGAGGCUUUUAUCACGGGCGGUCUGCAGGGCGACUUCUCCACGUACUUUUCGGACAUUUGGAAGCUCAAUUUGCGCACCAAGCACUGGUUCCGCAUCGAGACGGCCAGCCUGCCCCGCCCCCUGUACUUCCAUUCGGCGGCCCACUCGGAUAAUGGAUGCAUGUACGUGUUCGGAGGCAUCGAGUACAAUGACAAGGAGAUGCGCCGACGCAACGACCUGUACAAGAUGUGGAUGACGGUGCCCAAGCUGAGCGAGAUGUGCUGGGACGCGAUCACCUACUACAAUGACAACUUGGAUGAGUACGACCGAAAGACGCUGCUGGGGGCCGGAAUACCCAAACGUUUCGCGGAUCGGCUACCGCCGCAGCGCAGGAAGCGCUUGGACAUGAGCCAGCCCGACCCGUCCAUGCUUAUUUCGCUGUACUCGAACCCAAAGCGUGCCCGCUCCGCAACGCAAUAGGCCUGCCCCUCCCCCGUUACCACGAGAAUAAAUCGAAUCCGAGGAGGGGAGCGGUGGCUCCUCGCCCCGGAAACUGUUUCAGUUGCAGAACUUUACGUUACUAUUGUUUAAAAGUUUUGUUUUACAUUGAGCGCGCGCUGUGAUCGAAUACGAAGGACAUUUAUAGUUGUACACAUAUGUAUGUAUUUUGAUACUCGAAAGGAGAGGCGGACAUGUUUAGCAUGUAAAUAAGAUUGUAAUUAAGUUUAGCUAGCGGAACAACAGCCAGAGACAGGCCAUGCGUGUGUAUUCUGAACUUCAGCUAACAGAUCGACCAGCGCACCCCACACCCCAGAAAAUUCAAGCAACCGCAAUAAAAACCCCACAGUAUCUCACCAGGUCCCCCCAGAACUUACUCAAAAAAUAUAUAUAUUAACGGCCCCGAUAUAUUGUUCACCCCUCUCUUUAAAUCCCACACCCCACUUUGCACCCCAACGAACCAAUAUUGAAGGCUACACCAAACAAUGUCAUAUAGAGGGGGCAGCCCCGAUGUAUUUUUGUCAAAGUGUACAUAAUACUAGGCGGUAGUAAUAUUUAAUUAACAUAAGACUCCCAUCAUUAUUGCGAUAUCAUGUACCCAUGCAGUGCGUAAGGUACUGCCGCCUCCGUGGCGACCAUCGGUUUGCUCGGUUUAUCUUACCCAAGACUAAAUUCGGUUGAAUCUAAGUUAAUAAAUAAAUUUUAAAUGCAA